AUGGUGUUAAUUACUCGAUUAUUAUGUGAUUUUAUCCUAUCUCAUUGUUUACCUUUUUUUAAGCAGUUACUAUUGAAUCAAUUGAUACGUCAUUCAACUUAUCCUGAUGUGAGUCUUCAUUUAUUGGUUGAUAUUACAUUUUUUGGCAUCAGCUUAAGUAAAGAGCGAUGGUUUUACAUUUGCCGGGUUACCAUAUUUCUAACCAUCCCUUUGACCAUAUCUGUUUGCUACUUCAUACCUUAUUGGGAAUCUGAUGCUGUUGAAGCUCGUGUAAGGACCCAAUUUCAAUCAUCUACUGAGAUAAUCGCCAAAAUCGGGCUGAAUAUCGGAUUACUUGGUUUUAAUGUAACCCUGAAAGAAAGUCCAUAUACUUCAUUCAAUGAACCACUUGUUUACAAUGAACAUUUCUCUUGGAAUUGGGCUUCACUCAAGCAUAAGCCUAAACUAUUGGAAGAAACUGGACAUCUGAAAUAUCAAUAUGGCCAAUCAGCCUCCAAAGGACUACCCAUCCCAAUACUUUGGGUUUUAGAUUAUUUUACCAUUGAUGGGGAAGAUUAUCGCUUUACACGUUUCUAUCAACAUGCUGGUUGGUAUUGUCAUACACUAUUGUGGUUUUCUUUCGGUUGUUGGCUUUUGUCAAGUUGUCUCUUCUGUAUUGUUAUUGAAUAUGGUUCGUUGAUGAUGAUGGUAACUGGAUUAUGCUUAAUUGCAACCAACAUUAUCUGGGCUUUCCAUUCUAACCCAAUUCCUCUGGAGAUACCAUUUCGAUCACCAAAUGGUAAAGUUAAUUAUCUCCAUCCUGAUUAUUCUUGGGCUUAUUGGAUAAAUUUAACUAAUGGUUUAUUUUGCAUCAUUCUGGGAACUCUUAUCUAUAUACUUGACAUUAAUUAUCCUGAUCUGACGGCACAAUUUUUUGGAAUUGAUAUCGUUCAAAAUUAUGACCAAUAUUUCCGAGAGAUUGAUGAAGAGAAGAGACGAUUGCAAGGAAAACAAGAGGAAAUGCCUUCUCAGGAAACAAAAAGAGUAAGUCAGGACUCUAAAUAUGUGGCUUUGCGUAAGAAAGUUUCCUCUAAUAGGCUUUCCAAACUUCAUCGGUUAACUCUUCGUGAUCCAUUUAAUGGUAAACCUUUUGUUAAAGCUUGUAAUAAUCAAAUUGGUAAUCAAGAAAGUGAACCUUAUUAUGCUGUACCCAAAACAAUUACGACGCCUGUUCAACCUCGAAUUGUAGGCUCAAUUGCUGCUCGCAAAACCGUUCCUGCUGAACAGUUUUCAAUAUCCAAUCAUCAAUAAUUUAAUUGCAUAAUAAAUUCACCACCGAUUGGUAUCAGAGUUCACCAUUUAUCAUGUUUUAACUAUAAUUAACAGGAACUAUUCUAAUUUGUUUUUGUUUGUUUCAAUUACUCAAUGAUAAGUUAGAUCACGUUAUCUUCGUUUGGUUAUUUUGCUUAUACCUUUUCAAUGUUAAUUAAACGAUUAGUCUACCUAAUCAGUUAAUGUUAUGUUUACAUCUAAUUAUUCGAUUAAAGAUUAAGAUCUUCAACCCACAAGA